AAGAUAUAUUGGGUAAUUCACCUAUUACAAACAGCCUUUGUGACUGCAGCCACACACAGCUGCAAAUUACAGCACCACGGACAGAGCACAGAGCGGCGCCCGACCACUGCCUUUCUCAUUUUUUACACCAGCCAUCCUUUCACUAGCCACAAGCUAGUGAGAGCGCAAAGAAACCCUCGAACCCGUAUCUCUUGCGGUGAGGACCAAAUGCACAUCUUCAUAUCAGCAUCCGUUCCACAGUUGCCUACCUACCGCCUGCGCAGCAGAGAGACUGGCGAUUCCUUGACUAUGUCAAGGUGUGCGGAUAUUCUGGCUUGAUUAACGCCUUUUCUUUUCUUGGAUUGUACGGUGUUGUGUUUUUUUAACCGCAUUUUUCCAAGAUGGUUAAUAAGGUUUCACCUUGAUGUGCACCAUAUCAAAGGAAUUAGCUGUUACUGUUAAAGAAGCCAUCACUGCUGUGCUAUUAUUUUUUUCAUUGACUGGAGGAAAAAUAUCAAGCACUAUUGACCCAGCUGAGAAUAAGAGCUAAGUGCCCAGAGAGAAUCUGCUCCGAUCAACUCCUAAUCCAUCCAGCACGUACCUUCCUAUCAGGACCUACCGUGGCAUUAGAUGCCUGAGAGGAACCCACGCUUGUAGCCAGGGUCUCCCAGCUCAGAAGCAUUGAGGCCCUCAGGAUCUCCCAUUCUCUCUGGUCUGUCAUCCACUAACGAAAUUGCUACUCGGUCACCAUGGGAACCGUUCUGUCUCUCUCUCCCAGCUACAGGAAGGCGUCCCUCUUCGAAGAUGGGCCAGCCACGGUGGGCCACUACACAGCUGUUCAGAAUAGCAAGAAUGCCAAAGACAAGAACCUGAAGCGUCACUCGCUCAUCAACGUUCUGCCAUGGAAGCGCAUCGUGGCAGUGUCAGCCAAGAAAAAGGGCUCCAAGAAGGUGCAGCCCAACACCACCUAUCAGAAUAAUGUGACCCAUCUCAACAACGAGAACCUGAAGAAGUCUCAGUCCUGUGCCAACCUGUCCACCUUCACCCAGGACCAGAGCACCCCAGCCCUCGUCAAGAGCUCCAACAACGCUGUCUCGUCGGUCAAGAAGGCCCCCCUGACCAACUCCAAUGCGGCCCCCGGCACGCCCAAAAGAGUGAUCGUCCAGGCCUCCACCAGCGAGCUGCUGCGCUGCCUGGGUGAGUUCCUGUGCCGGCGCUGCUACAGACUAAAGCACAUGUGUCCCACCGACCCGGUCCUGUGGCUGCGGAGCGUGGACCGCUCGCUGCUCCUCCAGGGCUGGCAAGACCAGGGGUUCAUCACCCCGGCCAACGUGGUGUUUGUCUACAUGCUGUGCCGCGAUGUGGUAUCCUCUGAGGUGGCAAACGAACAUGAGCUGCAGGCCGUGCUGCUCACCUGCCUCUACCUGUCCUACUCCUACAUGGGCAACGAGAUCUCCUACCCACUGAAACCCUUCCUGGUGGAGAGCUCCAGGGACAUCUUCUGGGACCGCUGCCUGUCCAUCAUCAACCUGAUGAGCACUAAGAUGCUUCAGAUCAACUCGGACCCGCACUAUUUCACCCAGGUGUUUGCAGACCUGAAGAACGAAAGCCAGAAGGAGGAGGAGAGGAGCCGCUUGCUCAUUGGUCUGGACCGGUGAGGGCCCUGGGGAGAGGGGCCGGGGAGGGGGCAGGGGCCUACUCCAGUCUGGCAUUUCAAAAUGGGGGAGGGGGAUUGGUUGAGGGAGUAGGAAGAGGGGAGUGGGGAAGUUUUGAUGGGAAGAGAUUAAUUUUGAGGGUUGAUAUAAGGGUUAAUUUGGCAUAGAUAUACCCCAGUUUUUGAUUAUAAGCAUGUUUAACAGCUAACAUUACAACAGUUCACUGGAAGAGGGACAUGAGAACACAGUUUGAUUAAAAACAAAUGACAUUUUAUGGUAAAAAUAUUAUUUAUCUCAAUUUAUCUUAAAACCAACUAAUGUUUUUCGAAAGGAAAGAGGAUUGUAUUUUCACUGCACCUAAGAAUGAAAGCUUUUGACACCUAAAAAAAUGCCAGACUUGGGUACAUCCUCUGUUUACGAACAUGUAUAUAAAAACAUUGAAAAAUACAAAACCAACAAUAAUACACAAUAAUAAAAAAAAAACUGUAGAAAAGGAACACAAAUGUGCAGCUAUGAAUGUGUAGAGGACUGAGACCAGCCACCUGCUGACUGUCUGAGAUGCACUGCCUAUUGUGUGACUGGGCUACUACUCACAUCAUGGAUGAACAGACAAGCUGCAACCCUGGUUCUUUAGACUCUGAAGUGAACACCCAGCUCUGCUGCAGCGUAAACAUGAUUUGAUCUGAAAGGAAAAGUGGGGCCACCGAUGCAGAUUCAUGUUGUGCGUUUAUUGUUUGUGACUUGGCGAGAGGGGUUUGGUGGAGAAAGAUUGGUUCAGAAGGAUUUUUUUUAAAGCCUGCAUUGAAUUGUGGGAUUUUUUUUGGACCACAACACAACAGGACAUGAGGAAUUACAGUACAACCUAAGGACACAACACUUGAUGGUCGGUCACACUACAUGUUAAGAAAGGCCUACUUUAUUUUCAUCUCAGAAAAAAAUUAAUGGAUGUUCAAAGGCUCAAGCCCAGGGAGGCUUAUCUAUUGCCCUUUUUCUUUUUUUAACUUCGAAAUAAUAGCCUAAUGCACGUGUGCCAUGCAAUUUUGGAGGGCAGGAAUGACUUAACUGCAUCUGCAUUAGAGAAUGCUGUGAACAAAGUGAUAACUAGUUUAUUUAGCUAUGCUUGCUUAAAUAGGCUAUUUGUUUACCAAGGACUUCUUUUGUACUUUUGUCUGAUGGUUGUGUCUAAAAACACUUGGGAAUGAAGGUCCUAUAAGAAAUUCAGCAUUAACAAAUGUUUAACUAGUGCCAUAUCUUUGAUGAAAAUCCUGUAGGUCUGAAAACACAGCGAAAGAUGUCCAAAUGUUGAGUGAACCUCAUUUAUUGUAAUUUUAUGUUCUCUUGGCACAUCCCUUGUAAUCAAAAGAUCAUGAAUGAAUGAUCAAUUGGUCUAUUUCAAAUAACAGGAUAUGGUGGGAAUGAAGAUUGAUGGUUGUUGCAAAUGAAUGUUCCAUGGAAUAAGCUAUAGAUUAGCCCUAGAUUAACAACCAAUACAAAUCUGACCAUCGACAAAGUAACCAACACAUCAGAGAGACCUUGAGUAAAGACAAAACCCCUUAGAACCUUUAGCACCCCUAGAACCCUUAGAACCCUAGGCACAGAGCAAUCCCAAACCCAACACACCACCCAGCUCCACAUAUCAACAAGACAACAUAACCAUCAUCCAAUGGCAGGGCAUUUCACUCAAAACCACUCAGUGGCACAGCAUAAACAUUUACAGACAGCCUCCCCUGGCGUAAUCUCUCCAUGCCAAUAUUAAUCAAAUCUAAGACAACAAUGUAUUCAGCUGGGGAGGAGAUGAGGCCAUGGUCAGGUUAGAUUCUAGUUGACCUCCAUGGAGAUAAUCAGGUUUUCAAAUCAGCUGAAGCCACUAGGAUAAAUGGAAGAGCAUAGAGGGAAAUAAGAACACCAUGGCAACCUGGACUACAUCUACAUGAGAGCUUACGGAGCAGUCAAGAUACAUGGCAAUCAUUUCCAUUGAAGAAUUGUAGAGGCUAGAAAAGAUUAUAGAACUGAUAGCAUCUCCAUCUCCAAUAACUGAGAUAAAGGGAGGUGGUAGGUUUUUCUGUCAACCACUGUUAUAUGUUGUAAGAGAUAUGUCAAAUUGAAUCCACAGAUUAACAGGAAUAUGUUUUCUAUAGUAUACAGUACAGAGACUUAACUGGACCUUGGUGGAAAAAAACAACAAAUGAAAAUAAUGCACAUAAAAACAAGCGAAUAAAAAGUAGUUUUUGCCAGCUUUUUAUCACCUCAACAGUGAGAAAUUCCGCAUGCUUUCUUUCAUUAGUUGAUUCUCAAAUUUCUUUCUAGAAAUGCAAAAUGGUUAUAGUCAUAUGCAGCGAAUAAAUACCAUUUUCAUUUGUAUGUCUUUUCCAUGCCCACAAAAGGCUAUUCUCUUCUGUCAUGUGAUGAAGGUUGUUCUUGGAGACUGUUGGUUGACAUAUGAUAGAGCUCUCUCCUCUGCUGUAUCAGUGGGAGUCAAAGAGAAAAAUGUAUGGUGCAAAUGGACAUGGUUGUGGAGCGGUACCGUGGCAUUGUGCCUUGCAAUGGGAAAUGGGUUGAUGUGUGUAGCGCAGUAGGAGGGACACACACUUUGGAUGGGCUACUGCUUUGGGGAAAAAGCAGGGGAAUCUUGACCCUCUGGCUGUUCACUCGCCCCAACUCACUAAAAUGUGCCAUUUUUUGCCACUUGCAUCACUGACUAGUUGUUUGAAAGACUUGGAAAAACCUUACAAAAAAAAGAGAAAAAAAGUGAUAUGUUUGAACAUUUCAGUCGACUUCGAUUUCAGUAUCUUGUUGCGUACUUUGUAGAACAAAAAAAGGGUGUUAAAGAACAUGAAAAGGGGGCAUUUCAAUGAUGCAUGUGAGCGCAAGUGUGUGAGAGUUUAUCUGUACAGAAGAAUGUGUGAAUUUUGUUUUCUUAUGACAAAGAGGAAGUGGAAAAGAGGAUACUCUACACUGAUAAACUACUGGGACAGGAUGUGAUCACUGAUAGACUACUGGGACUGGGAUGUGAUCACUGAUAGACUACUGGGACUGGGAUGUGAUCACUGAUAGACUACUGGGACUGGGAUGGGAUCACUGAUAGACUACUGGGACUGGGAUGUGAUCACUGAUAGACUACUGGGACUGGGAUGUGAUCACUGAUAGACUACUGGGACUGGAUGUGAUCACUGAUAGACUACUGGGACUGGGAUGUGAUCACUGAUAGACUACUGGGACUGGGAUGUGAUCACUGAUAGACUACUGGGACUGGGAUGUGAUCACUGAUAGACUACUGGGACUGGGAUGUGAUCACUGAUAGACUACUGGGACUGGGAUGUGAUCACUGAUAGACUACUGGGACUGGGAUGUGAUCACUGAUAGACUACUGGGACUGGAUGUGAUCACUGAUAGACUACUGGGACUGGGAUGUGAUCACUGAUAGACUACUGGGACUGGGAUGUGAUCACUGAUAGACUACUGGGACUGGGAUGUGAUCACUGAUAGACUACUGGAACUGGGAUGUGAUCACUGAUAGACUACUGGGACUGGGAUGUGAUCACUGAUAGACUACUGGGACUGGGAUGUGAUCACUGAUAGACUACUGGGACUGGGAUGUGAUCACUGAUAGACUACUGGGACUGGGAUGUGAUCACUGAUAGACUACUGGGACUGGGAUGUGAUCACUGAUAGACUACUGGGACUGGGAUGUGAUCACUGAUAGACUACUCGGACUGGGAUGUGAUCACUGAUAGACUACUGGGACUGGGAUGUGAUCACUGAUAGACUACUGGGGCUGGGAUGUGAUUGUUGGGGGGGGGGGGGUUAAUUAGAGCUGUUCAAAUAUGUUAUUUUGAAAAAGACAAAAAGACAUUGCUCCAAUUGAACCUUUCUCAGUUUGUUUCUGCUUACUUUAAUUUAUUUUUGUACUGUGAUGGAAAAUAAAAUGCACUGAUUGUUCAUGACGCACAAA